UUGCCGGGCUUUCGUUGUAAGCAGGUCAGAAAAUCUGGCAGUAAAAGAGUAAGAAGAGAAGUAAAAUUAUAUAUAAAGUCUGAGGAACCGGUUCCUGGUGAACUUACAAUAUGUAUUUGUAGUAAAUGGUAUUUGGAUUGCAAGCGGAUAUCCAUUUACGUGAGUACCAAAAACGAGGUGGCAACUGAUUCUUUAAUACGGGAUUCAAUCGCGAGACAGAAAAGUGUCUUUGUUCCACAUUUUCGACGGGGUUCUAAUCAAAUGGAUAUGUUCAAAUUGCAGUCAGUUGAGGAAUUCUGCAAUCUGCAACCCACACUUUGGGGUAUCCGUCAGCCAUUAAAUCCUGAUAGCAAACUUGGUUGGAAAAAUUUUGUAAAUUUAGGUCCAUUCGAUGUUGUUAUAGUACCAGGUGUAGCCUUCACCGAGGACGGCCACCGUUUAGGUCAUGGAAAAGGCUAUUACGAUCGGUUUUUAUCGGAACACAACCAACUUUAUGGUUGCUUACCAUUUACUGUUGGUCUAGCUUUGGAACAUCAGUUAGUAAAGACUCUUCCAACCACGGAUAAGGAUGUUUGUUUAAAUAUGAUACUCAGUGCUAACAAACAUUAA